AUGAAGGCGGGAGUCACCACGACAACCUUCCUGGAGGAGCUCCAGAGAGCCUUUGGGGAUUCUAACGCAGAACAAGUCGCCGCUGCCCGACUCAUGGCCCUUCGCCAAGGGAGACAGUCCUUUGCGGACUACAUCUCUGACUUCCAAAUGCUGGCUGCGGACGCAGGAUACAACGUGGUCGCCUCGACCGAUGACAAGGGCGACAGCGAAAUUGCAAGCCGCCUCUACAACACCGGCGUUCCCCUGCCCAAGGCAUAUGGUGCCUUCAAGAACUGGUGUGUCAACAUCGAGGCCAAUGCUUUGCGCGAUCAGCUGCGUAAGGCAUCCUAUGCGCACUCAACUCUGCGGCCCCCACCCCAAUUCCGCCCUCAGGCUGCACCAUCAGCACCUGCACCCGCUCCGGCCCGACCAGCGGCCAACAAACCGGUCCCAAUGGAAAUCGAUCGCACCCAUGCCCGCGGCCGCAAUAUCAUCUGCUACAACUGUCAGCAGCCUGGGCACAUCGCGCGGAAUUGUCCGGAGCCCAAGAAGAAGCGCACGUUCUUCAAUCGGGCCACAAUGCUAGAAGAGAUCGAGAACAGGGACAAGGACAAUGAGUUCCUCAAGGAGAUCGCCGAGAAGCUGUGCGAGAAGGGUUUUUGA